AUGCGUGUUUCUUUGGAUGUUAAUGGAACCGAAGGUUCAUGGUUUCAAAUUGAACCUUAUUAUAAAUUACGUGCAAAAGGAGAACGUGUUGUUGUUGGUGAUAAAGUUGUAUUGAUGCCAUAUAGUGGUGGGCAACCAUUACAUGUCAGUGAAUUGGAAUUACCUGAUCAUCCGGGAUCAAAAGAAGUAUGUACGAGUUAUUGUUUUUUUUCUAUAUAUGAGAAAUGAACGAGAGAGAAAAAAAAAUAUUCUCUUCUAGUGUUGCAGUCUUAUUAAACUUAAUACGGUAUCAAAUGUACCGUUAUACAAAAAUAAAAAUUAAUUUUUUCCUUCCAUUUGCAGUGAAUAUUUAGUAUGCAUGUGUAUGUGAUUGAUUUGUCUAUUAUUUAGAUCAAUUGUUAUUCGUUUAAUAUCGUAUGUUUGAUGUGUACCCAUAGCUUUAUUAUUUUGACAAGAAUUUUAUUGUUUUAAUAUGCAUAAAAAUACAGUGCUUUUCUUUUGCUU